CGGACAGCCGGGACAGUGGACCAUGAACGAACGUGAACUCUCUUGUCCAACUAUCUUGGUCUUCACUACUACCAAGUCCCUCGAUCACAGUCUCCAGACCGACAAGCCGCCAUGGAUAUCCAAACUGCGGUCCAUAGAACAUUUGCAGCUCUGGACUUCGAUGAAAAGACUCUAGGACUUGUGAGCUCGAAACAGCACCAUGACAGCCCUGGAACGUUUUGGAUUCGAGAUUCAGUACUCAGCCUCCAGGAGACGCUGAAAACGACAUGCACGGAAGCGAAACAACAUGGCUUCGAGGCGAGGUUCAUUAACCUUUAUUGUGAUACCCUAAUCGUGGAACCGGGUGCUUCCAUCGGCUGCCCAGACAGCCCAUUUCAUGCGCUCAAUAUCUAUGCUCGAGACAUCCAAUUUACCCCGGGCACAGACAAUGUGGCACUCCGAGUGACGAUGGAAGAAAAUAGUGCUAUAGUCUUCCACACCCGCACUAUCCCUCCAGAUUUUCGGGUGUCAUUCAACAUCGCGAAUACUGUGAAUGAAGACAUCCGCACUCCAGAAAUUCCUCCCGGCAUGUUCUCGAUUUUGUUCUUAUGUGAUGACCAGAUGAUCGUCUCCGAAACCCAUGGCCCUCCCGAUACCGCCAUGAAAUUCACGGACUAUCUAAGCCUUAUUGGUGAAGAUGGCCGCCUGUCAAAGAACGAUUCUCGAGAUAAUGAUCACCUCCCUCGCCUUCUGCAGUUGCAGCUACUCGUUGCCCUAGCCCACGUUCAUAGUCAUCGUGACCUGGCACUUUCUCUCCUCGACUUUAUUCGCUUUGUGUCGGCAACGUCAUACAGUUCGUGGCUUAGUUGUUAUGCGAAUGCAAUUUAUUGCAAUUUGAGUUCCAACCUCGAUGUAUCCUACGUUCCGUCUCUCAACGUUCACAGCAGUCAACAGGUCUUGAUCUCGCGCCUAGCCGCGGCAUCAAGCUUUGAAGACGCCUUCCGCGAUUUUAUGUCCAGACAAACCAAUGCAGACUACCAGGUAACUUCUAUGUACAACAUGCUAGCGAAAAGCCAGGGAGCAAUGGAAACUUUUGACUUUCUGAAGUCCAUUCGGACGCGGGAUUUCAACGAGGCGACAGGAUCGAAUAAUCAAGCCAAAUUGGAAUUCGAAAAGAACCAAGAGGAGCUGAUCACUUGCCGGGAUCGUUUCGAGAAAGGAAUUGAUACUUGGCUUCUGGAGGAGCAGAUCGAAGCAGGAUGGGAAGUCCUCAAGGCCACAGUUGGCGCUGCCGUUGCUAUAGGCGUCGCUUGUAGCUCUGGAGGAGCAACUGCUCCUGCUGCGGCUGGCGCCGUUCAGUCGGCGGCUGAUGCAGCGACUUCGGUGAGCAAGCUUCAGGAAAUAUGGGCAAAGAUCAAGAAGAUUUUUGAAACCUUGAAGAGCAUUUAUAACCGGAUCGCACCCAUUCUACAGGGUCUAUGGAAGCUAGUCAAGAGUAUCUCCACGGUGGUCAAGAAUUUGAAAAGGUCAGACAAAGCCUCGCAAACAGCUUUGCUUGAAAUGACCAUUGAAUUUAAGGCCCGGAGGGAGGUCAACGUUCUUGCGGAAUGGGACAAGUUCUAUAUUACAGUAAAGGACAUGGAGGAUGAGCUCAAGUCACUGAGUAUUGAUGGGAAAACCGCAUUCUUUCAUGCCCUUAAGACUCUGGUCGUGAAUGGCAAAUGCUAUAUCACCACCCAAGCCACACUACUCAAGCAGGGCGACAAAUUAGCCACAGCCCUAGUCCAAGGCCGCGUCAACUCUCAGCAGACAGACCGUCUGGAACGCUCAUUCAAGCAAAUCAAGGUGGACAAAGAGGUGUUGGAAUAUGUGUCCCGAGCAUUCUUCGACCGAGUCCUUCGCGUACGAAUCCUGGCAUACCUGGAUCUGAAUACCUACUCAGCGGUCCAUCGGUAUCAUACACUUUUUCAGCAGAACUUGGAGGAUAUUUCUCCGAUCAGCCCGGUUGGUGUCUAUCAGGAGCGUGUCGCCCACAUCCAAAGGGCCAUUGCCUCGUUCGAAUCGACAACGCCGAUUCAGAACCGCAUUUUCCAGGUCUCUUCCUUAUGCGGCUAUAGGAGUUCCCAAGAUCUAGCGCAGGCUCUUACCUCCCAUAAGGCCGUCGGCUUGGACUUGGACCCCCAGGCUUCCAUUUGGCAACGCUUUGGCAGAAUCCGAAUGCUGGCUGCACGAUGUUACUUAGAUGGCCUGCAACUUGUUCCCGGUUCUGACCCCUCUGCGCCCGCUCUUCAACUUCACCUCAGCACGAGCAGCCAAUUUUCUGACCGGGGUACUGAUCUCCACAACGAGGUCUACAGCUUCUCUGGGAAUCCCCGCACCCUGGUCUUUGAGUAUGAUGUUGGCAAUGGCACCAUUCUCUGUGACGGCAACUAUGGGACACACACCAAGUACACGCCAAUGACACAAUGGUCGGUAGUCAUACCGCGUGAAAUCCCCCUUGAUCAUUACGACUUUUCGAACUUGCGCAGUCUCAGGUUCGAAUUCUUGUGUGAGUUCUCCUUGCAACAGUGUGAUGAUGUCGAGGAUCAGGCAUAAAUCACACAAAACAAAGUAUGGUUCAACAGGUGUCAGGGCACUAGGCUAGCAGCGUGCACGGUCGACGGCUUAUUCUAACUGCCAAUCACAUACCUAUCCUAAG